UGGGCUCUGCACACAGAGGCCCCCCCUGCAGCCCCCUCCUACCAAAACCUUGCCACAUAAACCCAAGACAACUAGCACAGCUGCAGGAGGUGUGAACUGUGGUGUGCAGAUAGGAUGAACCAAAGAGAGCAGGAAUAUUUUGGAUCAACUUUAUUACUGAAAAGUGUUCGUGCAGUGAAAUUUUAACACAGUGUACAUUUACACUAGUAAUCUUUGUGGGGAUUUUUUUUGGUUUAUUUUUAAAUCUGUCUUAAGGCUUUCUGGUGGUCCGUGUAAAUGUGUUGAAAUGGUUCUGCAUCACCAGUUCUGUUUUUGUUUUUUAAUGCAUCAUAUAACUUGUUUUAUUUCUGACUGUUGCGUUUAAAGGCUGUUAAGCUGAAAGUCAAGCACUUGAAUUGGGAAAGUCCGGGAUUAAAGCUGCCUUUGCAGGAUUAAUUUGGUCCCUUGCUAGUUGCAGAUGUUGCAGCCUUGGUUACUAUUAAAGUGACGGAGUUACAUUACGCCAGAGCUCUGCCUCCUUCAGUGCACAGAAGCUGUGUUUUGAGAAUGAAACGGAGGAUUGUACUAGCAUGAUUACCUCUGUCUUGUGUAAUGUAAUAAAUUGAAGGUGUUCUACGAAUAAAAAGGAGAACGCAGAAAGAAAAAUACUGUUGGAUUCUGCUUGAGAUGUGUCAAUUUUACACCCAUCUGUACUAAUAGCAUUACUGUGUUACGCUGAACAAGUGAACACACAGUAAUUGCACGUUUAUUUUGCAAAUGUCUUUACAGAAGACACAGGUCCUGGGUAAAGCAGAUUAAAAUGAAAGAUUUGAAAAUAUUUCAGAACACUUGACUGUCUCCUACCCAAAGUGUCCUUGAAGUAUGGGUUGAGCAGCAACUUCCAGUGGGUGUCUCUACAGUGAUGCUUUUGGUUCAAGUUUCCCUCCUAAACACAUUGUUGAUUUAUCUCCAUACACCAUGCUGCAGCUUGCAUCACGGAUAAAUCACUUGAGCAUGUAAACACAAUUUCUUUCAAGUGAAACUAAAGGAAAAGAUGCAUUCCUGGAGGACACGUCGUAACAAUGCUGCAAGUGUUAAUGAGUGCGCAGACCUGGAGACUGGACUGUCAGACCCCACCACUUCAAAUGGCAGAGGUGUCCAGAAAGUAGCUCACGCCCCAGACAGUACUUUUACAUAAAACAUAGAAAGCAGAACAAAACAGAUGGGUUUCUCACAUUCAUAGAAGCCUAACAGUUCUGCUUUUUUAGAGGGAGGUGUGGGGGAAUUGAGGAUAAAUGACUGUGUAUGAAGCAACACUGCAAGGCACAGAAACUCUCAGUUAAGAGAGAUCUGGUGAGGAAACAGAAUUCUGCUGCUGCUAUUGCCGUGAUGCUGUUAAUUCAUUUGGUAGUCUCAGAUCUACAAGUGGUAGCUCAGUCCUGUGGUAUGACCAGUGCUCUGGGACACUGUAUCCCACACCUUUGAAGUCAUCUCAGUAAUACCAAUUUAGACUUUGAUCACCUCAUCUUUCUAGCCACUGGUUGUAAGAUUUCCCAUUCCUAUUUAUUAAUUAAAGGGUUAUGAUUUCUUACUUUUUUGAUACAUUUUUUUAGCUUUGCUUGUGAGUUGAUGAACAGUGAAACCUUUGUGUUAUAGUAGCAUACCCCAUAUAUAAAUAUCUUUAAAAUAGUUUCUUAAAUCAGCUGCAAAAAGAAUAGAACUGCUUUUAACAGACACGUCGUUGACUUGUUUGUUCUAUGUCACCAUAGAGGAAGAUAGUGUAAAAUUCAUACUUACAGGUUAAUGAAAUUAUAAGAGUGUCCAUGACAACAAAAUAAAAUUGGAUAUCGCUGAUUUUUUGGGGUGUGUGUGCAUGUGCACAAAUACAUAAAUUCCAAUCCAUACUGCAGAAGUGGUUUGCUUAAACUAACUUAAAACCUGAUUCUCUUCUCAUAUUAAGGUCUAACCAGGAGCAGUCAGUUGAGUUACGGAGACAUCCUGUGCUACAGAGCGGGCUCUGUUUGAAGCAUAUGCAACAGAGGGAUUUCAGCACUGCAGUUUAAUUUGUGCUUAUUGUACUCUUGGAUGCAUCUGGGGUUAACUGUUCCUCAAGUAUAUAGGUUGUGGGCAGAAACUGCUUUUAUGCUAAUAAAUAAGGUGGGACGGUCAGUUCACUGAUAAUUUUUAAGCUAGAACAAAGCACUGCGGGGAUACUUCAAGUAAAAUCAAGAGAUUUCCAAGAAACCAGAUCGUGACAGAGCAGUUUAAGGAGUCAUACAUGUAUCAUAGCUAGAAGGGUAUGUUAACAACACUCAUUAAAUAUAAGCGAACAUGAUGAAUUAAUCUAGAUUACAGACAAUAAUCCUGCUUCUUUCUCCCUCCCCAAUAUUAUUGUCCUUUCUAGCCUAUUAAAAAUAACAACAAAAACCCUUUAAUUUGCUUGGUCAGCAGUAGACUGUCAGGGUUGCUUAACUUUAGAAGGUGACUUGGUAUAAUUAGGCCUUAGGUAUCUGUCCUCAUUUCAGCUGGGACAGAGUUAAUUUUCUUCAUAGCUGCAAGUACAGUGCCGUGUUUUGGAUUUAUAAUGAAAUUAGGGGCGAUGACAUGCCGAUGUUUUAGCUGUAGCAGAGCAGCGCUUGCACAGAGCCAAGGACUUUCCAGAUCCUCAUGCUGCCCUGGCAGCGAGGAGGCUGGUGGUGCAUCAGGACCCGGGAGGGGACACAGCCAGGACAGGUGACCCAGGCUGGCCAGAGGGAUGUCCCACACCACAGGCGUCGUGCUCAGCAAUAAAACUGGGUUGUUGGCUGAGGCAGGGGGGGCUGCUGCUGUCUGGGGACUGGCUGGGCAUCAACCAGCUUGUGCUGAGCUGUUUUGUUGUGCAUCGCGUGCUUUUUGCCUUUCUUUUCUUCGUCCGUUCUUCUGUUUGUCCAUUCUUUCAUUCAGUCUUCCAUUCUUCCUUUUGUUCUUUCAUUCUUCCCUUUGUUCUUUCCCUCUCUCAUUCUUUCCUCCUUUCGUUCAUUCAUUUGUUCUUAUUAAACUGUCUCAACCCACAAGUUCUUGCACUUUUACUUUUUUCGGUUCUCCCCCAUCUCUCCGCGGGGGAGGGAGCGAGUGUCUGUGAGGUACCUAGCUGCCUGCUGAGUUAAACCACAACAGUAUCUGAUUCAGAAGUUCAUCGCUGCAAUUGCCAAGGUAGAUCUUCAUAAAGCUAAAGCUGAGAAAAAGAUGAGCAAGUGAAACAAUUAAAUGGCAUUCCUUCAUGUGGACGGCUACACUGCAGAAACAUCCGAAUCAUGGAGGGGCUCUUGCAUUACAUAAAUCCGGCACAUGCCAUCUCACUUCUAAGCGCACUGAAUGAGGAGCGUCUAAAGGGACAGCUGUGUGAUGUUGUUCUUAUAGUAGGAGACCAGAAAUUUAGAGCUCAUAAAAAUGUUCUGGCUGCCAGCAGUGAGUACUUCCAGACUCUGUUCACAAAUAAGGAGAAUGAGUCUCAGUCGGUGUUUCAGCUCGACUUUUGUGAACCAGAUGCUUUUGAUAAUGUGUUAAACUACAUUUAUUCCUCAUCCUUGUUCAUUGAGAAAGGCAGUCUCGCAGCUGUACAAGAACUGGGCUACAGCCUUGGAAUAUCCUUUCUUACAAACAUUGUUUCUAAGAGCCCUCAAGCUCCUUUUCCAGCUUGCCCCAUUAAGAAGAUACUGUAUCAAGAUGAAGAGGAAAGUAGUUCUCAGAAGAGAAGUGUCAUUGUCUGUCAGAACAGAAGUGAAGCACAAGGGAAGAGUAUAAAUCAAACACAACAUGAUUUAAGCCAUACUUCUAAACCUUUACCCUCUGUUGCUGUCAAAACUAGCAUUAGACCACAAGCAGCAAAACCAACUGAAACCCUUCACAAUUUAUCACUCACUGAAAGGAGAUGGCUGAAAGACAACCCUGUGAGCUAUACCAAGCUUCAUGAAACUUCUGGAACUGUAGAGGAUCAGAGCAGAUGUGGUUUGGUGAAAAGGAAUACAGUACUGCCUCAAAAGCCCUUAGCAGAGAAAGAAAUUGCAAGCGAUGAACCUGGAAGCAGUGGCCAGCUUUUGAGAGGAAAGGCUGCAGAGAUGUCAUUAAAGAGGCCGCGUCCACCAGUCUUAUCUCUGCGUGGCUCAUCGGAAUCUACGUUUUUGUUGCGAGAAGCAGGAAAAGGAAAUGGUCAAGGUGAAGAUAGGAAUUUGCUAUACUACUCAAAGUUAGGACUGGUAAUCCCGUCUAGUGGAUCUGGUCCUGAAAACCAAAGUAUUGACCGAAGUGGGCCGCUUGUAAAAAGUCUCCUUCGAAGGUCACUGUCCAUGGACAGUCAGGUUCCUAUUUAUUCACCUUCUGUUGACCUAAAACCUUCACAGGUAUCAUCCUCCUCCUCACCAGGAACUAACGAUUCCCAGAAGACAUUUAAUGUUGCAUCUCAGAAGUCGUGUUUGAAGGAGUCAUCAGAGAAGUUAGUCUUAGAUGAAAAGCCACAGGUAAUGCACCCACACCGCCUUAGGUCUUUCAGUGCCUCUCAGUCAACCGAUAGGGAGGUGGCGUCCCCUCUCACAGAGGUGCGAAUAAAAACUGAACCUAGCAGUCCACUUUCAGAUCCUUCCGAAAUAAUUAGAGUUACGGUGGGCGACGCAUCAGUAUCUACGAAUAAAGACUUUGCUUUCAAAACCGAGGAUGAUCAUAAGGAGCCAAGUAGACUUCCAGCAAAGAGGAGAUUUCAAGCAGAUAGAAGGCUGCCGUUUAAGAAACUGAAGGUGAAUGAGCAAGGUUCUCCUGAGUCAGAAGAAAACUUUGAGGAAGGCUCAAGCCCUACGCACCUUGAUGCUGAUUUUGCUGAUUCCGACGUCAGUAAAGAUGAAUACAGUGAGAUGGAAGAAGCAAGACCAAAUAAAAAAUUUAAAUGCAAGCACUGCCUUAAAAUUUUCAGAUCAACAGCGGGUCUUCACCGUCAUGUUAACAUGUAUCAUAAUCCAGAGAAGCCCUAUGCUUGUGACAUAUGCCACAAGAGAUUUCACACCAAUUUCAAAGUGUGGACACACUGCCAGACACAGCAUGGAAUCGUGAAGAAUCCCUCGCCAGCUUCCAGCUCACAUGCUGUUUUGGAUGAAAAAUUCCAAAGAAAACUGAUCGAUAUAGUGAGAGAGAGGGAAAUUAAGAAAGCUCUAAUAGUUAAACUAAGACGUGGCAAGCAAGGUUUUCAGGGACAGUCUGCUUCACAAGCACAGCAAGUCAUCAAAAGGAAUUUAAGAUCGAGAACCAAAGGAGCCUAUAUUUGUGUCUACUGUGGGAAGGCUUACCGUUUCCUCUCUCAAUUCAAACAGCACAUAAAAAUGCAUCCAGGGGAAAAACCAAUUGGAGGAAAUAAGGCUCCCAAGCAGAAAGACCACAUUCACAUUGAAAGUCCGGUAGAAAACAAAGAAGUUUAUCAGUGCCGUCUCUGUAAUGCUAAGCUGUCUUCGCUUAUCGAGCAGGGGAAUCAUGAGCGACUCUGUAGAAACGCUACUGUCUGUCCUUACUGCAGCCUUAGAUUUUCUUCUCCGGAGCUGAAGCAUGAGCACGAAAGCAAGUGUGAAUACAAGAAGCUCACUUGUCUCGAGUGCAUGCGCACCUUUAAGUCGUCCUUCAGUAUUUGGCGUCAUCAAGUGGAAGUCCACAAUCAGAACACCAUGGCUCCCUCGGAGAACUUUUCUUUACCUAUCCUGGAUCACAAUGGAGAAAUAACGAGCUCGUCGAGAUUGCCUCCCCAGCCGGAGUCUAAUAAAGUGAACAAUUUUGCUGCGAAGGAGGAUGGAGUAUUCAGUGACUCGUCAGAGCAGAUCAACUUUGACUCUGAAGACUCCUCAUGCCUGCCUGAAGACUUAAGUGUUUCCAAGCAGUUUAAAAUCCAAAUCAAGGAGGAGCCUGCAGAUGACGUAGAGGAAGAGGUCACUGAAACGAGCAGAGAACCGAAGGAAGUGGUCUCCAACAAAGACGCCGGCCUGUGGCCCUGUGAGAAGUGCGGGAAGAUUUUCACUGUGCGCAAGCAGCUGGAGCGUCACCAAGAGCUCCUGUGCUCCGUGAAGCCGUUCAUUUGCCACGUGUGCAACAAGGCCUUCCGAACCAAUUUCCGGCUGUGGAGUCACUUCCAGUCCCAUAUGUCCCAGGCUACAGAGGAGUCCUCGAAUAAGGAGCCUGAGAUGUGCCCACCCGCUAAUUCCCCAUCACCGCCACCUUUACCUCCGCCCCCACCGCUGCCCAAAAUCCAGCCUUUGGAGCCUGAUAGUCCGACAGGCUUGUCCGAAAGCUCCGCUACUACUGAGAAAUUAUUUGUCCCGCAGGAGUCAGACACGCUCUUCUAUCACGCUCCACCGCUCUCGGCAAUCACGUUCAAAAGACAAUACAUGUGUAAACUCUGUCACAGGACUUUCAAGACAGCUUUUAGUCUUUGGAGCCAUGAACAGACACACAAUUAGCUUUAACAGAUACCUUAAAGAGCUGGCUCAGUGGAGGCUAUUUUCAGGAUCUCGGACGUAUGCCAUAUAAACCAGAAAACGAAGAGGAUCAAAGCAAUGACGACAGAAGAUUGGGAAUUUGUGAUGCUGCUUGGGUUUGAAGAUUAAGGUAAACUAACUUUGUUAGUAGAUAGCAAGCCGAGUAAUUUAAAAUACUGUGGUCUGGGAUCUAAUAGCAACAGAAUAAUUUUGAUUUCAUUUAACACUGAAAUGCGAUCGCAUCUGGAUUGUAUGCAUGGAUCUUCAUCCUGUGAUGUUGGUGUGCGCGUGUGUAUUAUAUAUAAAGUUAUAUAUUAAAUGAAAGAGCAACAACAAUGUGGAUUCUAACUGUGAGUUUAUAGUAGUGAAAUACUGUAACCAACUUCACUGAUUUUUUUUUUUUGCUUUUUUCUUUUAAAGAAACCAACACACAAGCUCCAUAUAAAUAGCUGCCAUGCGCUUGCAGUUAGGGAGGAAGUGGAUGGAGUGUCUUGCUGUAUUGACUUAGGUCUUAGAGAUCUUUAGCAAUAACAAAUAAACCUCAAGUUUCAGUAAUCCUGGUAUUAUUGGAUACGAAUGUUUGAUAUUUUAAGGGAAGAUAGAAUUGUUUGUUGUUAUAUGGAACUUGUACAAAUUAAAAUAGAAUCUAAAGUCAGCAAUAUUAUUACUGAGAUUUUAUAUAAAAACAGCAGCAAGCCUGCUUUCAGCCAUUUAAUUAUAAGUUUCUAAGAAAAAUUGGGGGAGGGGGUACAUCGCUUUAUAUAAUGUCCCAAAGAAUAAUUUACUAUAGAUAUUUCGGUAGCUAAAGUCGUAUUAACAACCAUUAUAACUCAAAUGGUACUGUUUAUAACAUGAAGUAAGAUUGAAUAGAUGUCAGACGAGUUUCAAAAUUUUGUUUCCACUGUUUGUACAACUGUUUGUAAUUCUAACUACAAAGGAAUGUAUAACUAUUAAAUCAAAACGAGAGCUCGUUAAGGGAUAGAAGAAGAAUAGUUGUGUUCCUACACACAGUAAUAAGCUUGGCCAUGAGUACAAAGAUAUGUUUUAACAAAAACAAAAAAUGUAAAUAUUUAUAUAGACACCUGUAUAAAUGAAGAAGUAUGUAUUUGAGAUUCGUAUUAAGCGUGCAUAUCCAGCUCAAAGCAGAGAAGACAUCACACUACAAUCACUGUAUUUUAGGAGUACAAUGCAUAGAAUAUUUCUUUCUGCCGCUUUCUAUCAUUUGUGGUACUGUGUUGCAGUUUUCUAAUUUGUUAAAAAUCAUGGGUGUAAUGGGCUGCAGAUACUUCGUGUGGUUCCAUUAUUUUACCACAAAUCACAACUGGAGCAUUUAGCGUAAGCAGGAUCGUAGAAGCUAUAGCACGGGUCCAAAAUUACUCUGCAAGUAAAGGAAAUACUUACCCAGAAGUAGUGGUAAAUUAACAGGGAGAAGAUUUUCCGCUAGAAUUUAAACUUAAUGGAGUGGUGCUGGAUUAAAGUGAGCAGCAAGGAUGUAAGAGACUCAAACAGUGUUUGUGGCCCUGACUGAUGACCCCGGGAGGCUGGGAGAUGGGGACCGCACCGCACACUACCUAGCCAGAGCCCAGCCCGUGUCCACGGAGAGCAGCAGGAGUCCGGUGCCGAUGUCACCGGGAGCAGCAGCGAGGCUUUAAUCCUCUCUGGUUCUAAUCACGCAUUUGUUUCAGCAUCCUAAACUCAAAACGAAUUGCACACUGAUCCCAGGAUCUGAGGAUGAACAUCCUCGGUUAGGCACACACAGGGAGAGGAUUUUUCUCCCAAGUGUGCCGCUGUUAGUUUUUUUCCUAACAGAAUUUUUUAGUGUUUUUCCUGCAAUUUAAGUUUAAAAGUGUUGGCUCAGUAUGGACCACUGACUUAGUUGAGCUACCAAAAAAGGUAAUGCUAUUUCAAGCCUCUUCUUUCAUUUUUUUGAUGAAAAUCUAAAAUUGUUACUAUACAUUGUAGUAGUAACAUUUUGUCCUUUUUGUUCGCUUCCAAGCAAACUGCAUCUGAAUGUGGUUAUGUUAAACUGUAAGAAUAUCAAAUUUUUUACAUGAAAUUGCAAUUAAAACAAAUUCUUACAUACUUGGUGAAAUAAAAAAUGUCACUAUCAAAUAAGACUAAAUUUCCUUCUCACAAGAAUUAUUUAUUAAAAAAUUAAAUAAAAUGCUUAAUACACUUAACCUGAUCUAACAAAAUGAGAAAGACAUAAAGACUUGCUAAAUACGCUUUAAAUGUAUUUAAGAAAUCUGUGCAUAGAAAGUAUAAACAUGUCAACUGGUACCUAAGUUUUCACCAAUGAUUCUUCUUAACAUAAACUUUAUGAUAGUUUAUAUCCAACCUUUUAAAAAUCAGUGUGCUUUCGAAAGGAAAGUGGCAACUAGUUCAUCAACGUUACAGUCAUCUACCUUCCAGCUGGGAUUCUGCUGUAUGGUAUGAUGAUAAAUACGACACAUUUAAAAUCAAAAGCUCAUACAAUGUCUUUCAAGAAACCUUGACCUUCUUCCUAGUACACUAUGUAUUAUAUUUGACAAACAAACAAGCAGAAAUAUUUCUGGUCUAAAUAGCCUCCUUCUAAGCUUUUCUGCAGAAUUUUUUAAGUUUUGUUUUUAACUUUGAGCGUGUUCUGUGUUUUGUUUUUUUUAAAUUUGGUUCCUGCUUAGUAAAGGAAUUCAGGAUCUCUGAAGUUUAAAUAUGAGAUGUUUAUAUAGUAGUUCUGGUUUUCUAUUAGCUUUUUAUACAGUAUCUUUAAAAGCCCUUGAUAGAAGUGUUUAUUUUGGAGGAUACGGAAUAAAUAUGCUUCCACUUAUAUAACUUUAAUAUAUGUUUUAAAAGUUAAAUUAUGGAAAAAAAAUGUUAGUUGCUUGUUUAUAAAUAAAGGUCUUCUGAAGAGUGUCUAGCUUGGCCACAGCCAAAAUAAAAGGCAAAUUUAUUGACACAAAAACCUGUCCUCAUCAUAUUUUGUUUAAUUUUGUAACUGUGUACUGACGUGAUGCAAAGUUAGAGCUCUUGUUAAAUACAAAAAAGGUUUUUUUCUUCUUAAAAUUUGUGACAGGAAUGUGCAGAUGUUUUAAUAUAUAGAUUAGAAUCUUUAAUUCUUUCUUUUGGGGUUAUUUUUAUAAACUGUCCAAUAAAUCUCAGCGAACUAAACUGCUUCAGUGGAAGUCCAGUGAAAACUUCCAUUGCAUUGAAGAGGAGCAGGGUUGAACCAUGAAAUGUAUUUUGUUUUGGGACUUCUCUUCCUUUCAGGCACUAUGUUGGCAAAGGUCUAAGCAUAUGAUUAAGUUCCAUGGAGAUCAGUCUUAACUUUUUUCAAAAUACAUGCUUAAGUUUUUUGAUAUUUUGGGACCAUGAUCACCCACUGAAAGUGAGAAAUGGCAGAAAAAAUACAUAUGGAUAUAGUAUUUAAGUUCUAGAACCGAAAGUUAGAAUGAAUUUUCCUCUACGUAAAUAACUGCAUGCGCACCUAAAGUUUCCACACUUUUACAAAAACAAAGGACAUCAACCAGUAAUAAUUUACGUGGACUUCUGUAAGGCCUUUGGUAUGAUCCCCCACAACAUUCUUGCCACCUAGUUGAAGGGAUAUGGGUUUGGUGGAUGGACUGUUAGAUGGAGAGAGAAUUGGCUGUAGGUCCACGUCCAAAGGGUUUUAGUCCAACAACUCAAUGUCCAAGUGUAAACCAGUAACAAGGGGUGUCCCUCAGGGGUCUGUGCUGAGACCAAUACUACUGAAUAUCUUAAUCAGUGACAUGGACAGUGGGAUUAAGUUUGUGGAUGACACGAAGCUACUCAGCUUGUGCAUUGAUAGACCAGAGGGGAGGGAUGCCACCCAGAGGGACCUUAGCAGGCUUGAGGCGUGCGCCCCCUCAUGAAGUUCAACGAGGCCAAGAGCAAGGACUGAGUGAUGUAUGGACUGAGAGCAGCCCUGCAGAGGACUUAGGGAUACUGGUGUAUGAAAAACUGGAUUUGAGCCAGCAAUGUGUGCUUGCAGCCCAGAAAACCAACUGUACCCUGGGCUGCAUCAAAAGCAGCGUGGCCAGCAGGGUGAGGGAGGUGAUUCUGCCCCUCUGCUCUGCUCUUGUGAGACCCCACCUGGGGCACUGCGUUCAGCUCUGGGGCCCCAGCACAAGAAGGACAUGGAAUUUAUUAGAGUCCAGAGGAGGGCCACAGAGAUGCUCAGAGGGCUGCAGCACCUCUCCUGUGAAGACAGGCUGAGGGAGUUGGGGUUGUUCAGCCUGGAGAAGAGAAGGCUCUGGGGAGACCUCAGAGCAGCCUUACAGUACCUAAAGGGGGCCUGCAGGAAAGCUGGGGAGGGACUCUUUGUCAGGGAGUGCAGUGACAUGAAAAGAGGGAAAGGUUUUAAACUAAAAGAGGGUAGGUUUAGAUUAGAUACCAGGAAGAAAUUCUUCACUGUGAGGGUGGUGAGGAACUGGAACAAGCUGCCCGGAGAAGCUGUGGGUGCCCCAUCCCUGGAGGUGCUCAAGGCCAGGCUGGAUGGGGCUUUGGGCAGCCCGGUCUGGUGGGAGGUGUCCCUGCCCACGGCAGGGGGUGGAACCAGGUGGUCUUUCAGGUCCCUUCCAACACAAACCAUUCCAUGAUGCUAUGAUAAUACUGUCUCUACUUCGUGUAUAUAUAUAUUUUUUUUCCAUAAGGGGGAAUGAAACACCCCGACAGUUAAAUGAGCAGAUAACCUGCUGAAGCAGUGGGUGACACUAGAGUUUGUCUUACGUCCUUCAGAAUGGAAAUGUAGCCUUAUCUGUGAACCAAAACACACAGCCAUGAGACUUGUUCCUGCAUUUCCUAUUUAGGCAAGCAUUCUAGUGGCAUCCAGUAGAUUUUUUUUUUUGGUGGUGGUGGUUGGUUUUUUUGUUUGUUGUUUUUUAUCCCCCAAGUAGGAUGUGCGGGUUUGGUCUGAAGCUACAUGUACUCUGUUUUUUGUUCCAAGCUUCCAGUGGUAAAACUAGAAGUUCCUCACAUGGGACAAGGACAGACUAUGCCUAACUUCUUGGCACUAACAGUGAGGGUGCAAAUAUCUGGCAUGAGCCUGUAGUCUGGCAUGUGCCUAUACUGUUCAAUAAAAUUGUUUACAUUUUCCUACCAGAAGAUUUAGAUAAAAAUCAAAGUAAGGUUAGCUUUUUUUAAUGUUGCUGUUAAUGAAUCAGUGUUAAUUUUUUUUUUUUGGUUGAACACAGCCUGAUAGUAUUUUUUAAUGUCAUUGAUUCUUGUUUAUUUAAAAUGACUUGUGAAAAAUUGUACUAUAAGUGUUGUACAUAAGGGGACACUAUCAAGAGAAAGGUUGUAUACUGUAAAAGUGCUUAUCUGUAUUAACAAUACUUGAUAUGAAUAAAAUCAAUUUCGAAACAUGAAUUGACUCAUAACACUUGAGCUGCUUUGGCAUGAAAAUGCCUACUAAAGGUAUCCUCAGUUGUUUCAAGGAUGCCUGUAAAUUGUAUCUGAAUUCUGUGGGCUGAGCUUAUUUUUCAUUUUGCUUUUUCUCUAACUGUUCCAGAAUAAAGGACUUGAUCUGUUUUUCGUUUUUUGGUUUUUCAAUGAUACACAGUACCUUUUAAAGAUACAAGCUUCCCACUACUGCAGCAGCAUGUUCAAUUAAAACAUGUAUGUAAAAGCAGAAAGAAAAAAAAACUUUUUGCAAAAUAACUUCGCAAAAUAUGUACAAAGUACUCAUUUUAAAGUUUCUUCUUGACAGUGUCCCUUUUUAAAAAACAGGAAAAUGGAAUCACUUGUAGUAUUUGGGUGCAGGGGAACAGUUUCCUACAGUUUCUACAAGCUGGAAUUAUCCAAUAUAUUUGCUAUAGAAUUUUCCAAUUGGUUACAUAAAAUCACUUGUCAUUUUAAAGCAUUAUAGAGAUAAGACAAAUGAAGCCGGUUUUAUAAUCCUGUAUACCUUACAGUCAUUGUAUAUCAAUUCAAUACACCAGUGCUGAAUUUUAAUUAAGAAUGGGUUUUUACUUUUUUUAGGACUGAGACUUAAUAGCUUAGGGUAACUUUUUUCUUUAAUGUAAUGUAAAUCCAUUGCUGCUUUGUACAACUUUUUCUACUGUGUGUUUUCUUUACUUAGAUCUUGACUAAGAAAUGUUGGCGUCCAAUAAACUUACACUUUGUUUCUUUUGAA